UUCUGACACGUGCUCUAAUCACGAGGGACGGCUUCAUGGCGAAAGGCAACGGGGACAGCAUGAGCGACGAAGAGAAAGAAAUCGACAUCGAAAGCGACGAGGAGGGAGCAGAAAAUGGCGAAGAAACACAAUUCAUGACCCAGGCUGAUAAAAGGGCACAUCACAACGCAUUAGAAAGGAAAAGACGAGAUCACAUCAAAGACAGCUUCGCACAUCUCCGAGAUUCUAUUCCGUCGCUACAAGGAGAAAAGGCGUCAAGAGCUCAAAUCCUCAACAAGGCAACAGAUUACAUACAGUUUAUGAGAAGAAAGAAUCAUUCACACCAAACUGAUAUUGAUGACCUCAAAAGACAAAAUGGAAUACUUGACCAACAAGUUCGUGCACUGGAGAAAGCGCGAAAUUCAGGACAGCUUAGCAUUGACGCAACAGCAGCUCUUCUGACAAGUACCGACAAUCUGCUUAGCUCAUCACCUUCUGGAGAUGGCCUUCUGGAAAGCCAGCUAAAGCAGGACCCCAGUUCACCUUUAUCAAUUAAAGUCGAGAACAAUAAUGCUGAGCUAACAUCGGAUGACGAGUAUAGCAACAGAGCGAAGAGGAGAAAACGUGACAUUUAGCAUCUAGAACAUGUGUUUUUAGCAGAAGGGUUUUUUAAAUCUGGUUGAAGUAGUUACACAAUGACUAUCUAGGGCACAAUAGGGUUUUUCUUUCUUUUUUGUUUACAGUAAACAGCCUGGACAUCAAAGACAUGAACUUUGAGGAAUUUUGCAAAUUGCCUUGAGUGGAGCAUCAGAUCUGUAAUCUAGCUUGGCAGUAAGGGUAAUGGACAUGCAUUGAUGCAGCAAUUCACAUGUUGUUCAGAAUUCAGUGGUAGCUUAAUUACUUACUGUCCUGUAUGCCUGUCAGCACUGAGGGCAGCAACAAAGGUGGCAUGUUUUCAGAACCCAUCUUGCUGACCUGGCAAUUGAUUUUGUUUGGUGAUAGUCCCCCCAAAAGUCUCAGACCCAUUGUCCAUCAAAUUGAAUGCCAAGCUGUUCAUUUUAGCAUCAGUUAAGAGUUUCCUUCAAACUAGACGUGCUCGUGUUCAUGCACUAUGCAAGGUCUGGACACACAACCCUGAAAAAUAGUAGACCACUAAGGAACAAAUGAAUGUAUAUUAGAAGCCAUCUGUCAUAUUCUGCCUCCUUUUGAGGAUCUGUGGAAAGCAAUGAAUGAUAGAUAGUG